CGUAUUAAAAGAGUAUAGCGUGGCCCAGCAAAGAACUUCGUGUCUACGUGUUUGCAUUUGUUUCUCUUAUGCAGUAUGGCUGCCAUGAACUUUUCACUCCGGCCACUAGAAUUCUCCACCAGCACCACCGCCAUAAACCACCGCAAGCCGGCCACUUUUCUUCGCAGAAAACCACCCAUAUCCAUCUCAUUUGCUACCACUUCGCCGGAAACCACCGCCACAUCACCCGUGGAAAAACCUGAGAUCGAGUUAGAAUUUAUAGGGCCUAAACCAGGUGCAGAUGGGAAACCCCCUGUUGAUAGAGCUAAAGCCAUAAGUGGAGAGAAGCUGCUUAGGAACAUCAUGUUGGAUAACAAUAUUGAGCUCUAUGCAGCAUAUGGGAAGGUAAUGAAUUGUGGAGGUGGUGGAAGCUGCGGCACUUGUAUUGUGGAGAUCAUCGAUGGAAAGGAUCUCCUAAAUGAGAGAACGAACACAGAACUCAGAUAUUUAAAAAAGGCACGGCAUCUGACACCGCUCUCUCAUAUUUUCUCAAAAACCAGAGUCCUGGAGGUUAGCUUGCCAAACUAUAGUUGGAAAUAAAGAAAAUUCCGGAAAGGUGGUGGUCCAAAGGUUGCCUCAAUGGAGAAAGUGAUAUGGUAGAAUAAUAAUAUAUAUCUAAAGGUUGGCAUCAAAAGAAACCCGAGCAUCAUCAUAAUCAUAUUGGCUUCAAGUAAGUUCUUAUAAUCAUGUUUAUGUAAAUGGAUUGUUAGAAGAUUGAAUGGCUUCGACUAUCAGAAACAUGUUUAGGGUUCUGAUUCUCGUCUCAUGGAGGAAAAGGAUAUAAGCUUAUGUUCAUGAGCUCCCACGAACAACUUAAAAUCAUUUGUUCGUUAGCUGUUUAUUGUUCUUCAGUUUAUAAAUAUCAAACUGAUUGGUCCUUAAUUCUGAGUUGACUUUGCUAGUUAGAAACUUUAGAUCAUAAAUAUUGCAUAUUUUUAGUCACAAUUGUGUCCUGUUCUCCUGGAAUAAUAUUUCGUUGGAAGAAUUAUAAAAUUAUAAAAACAUUCUUCCUUUAUCAUA